GUCGCGCGGGGAGGGCGGCGGCGCCGAGGGGAGGAGACCGGCCCAUGGACCCGCGGGGCCCGGCGCCCCAGACGCUGCGCCGCCGGGACCGAGCCCAAGAUGUCGGCCUAGGCCGGGGCGCGACGACGCGGACGGGGCGGCGACGAGGCGCCGCGGCUGCCGGGGCUCGCGGCCGCCGGGCCCCCGAGGGCUCGCCCUGAGGGACUGGCCGAGCGGGCGGCGAGAGGCCGGCGCGUGGGGAGCGAGCCGCGCGGCACCAUGUCGGCCAAGGUGCGGCUCAAGAAGCUGGAGCAGCUGCUCCUGGACGGGCCCUGGCGCAACGAGAGCGCCCUGAGCGUGGAGACGCUGCUCGACGUGCUCGUCUGCCUGUACACCGAGUGCAGCCACUCGGCCUUGCGCCGCGACAAGUAUGUGGCCGAGUUCCUCGAGUGGGCUAAACCAUUUACACAGCUGGUGAAGGAAAUGCAACUUCAUCGAGAAGACUUCGAAAUAAUUAAAGUAAUUGGAAGAGGUGCUUUCGGUGAGGUCGCUGUGGUCAGGAUGAAGAGCACCGAGCGGAUCUACGCCAUGAAGAUUCUCAACAAGUGGGAGAUGCUGAAGCGAGCAGAGACGGCUUGUUUCCGGGAGGAGCGGGACGUGCUGGUGAACGGCGACUCUCAGUGGCUCACCACGCUGCACUACGCCUUUCAGGAUGAAAACUAUCUGUACCUGGUCAUGGACUACUACGUGGGCGGCGACCUGCUGACCCUGCUCAGCAAGUUCGAAGACCGGCUUCCGGAAGACAUGGCGCGGUUCUACGUCGGGGAGAUGGUGCUGGCCAUCGACUCCAUCCAUCAGCUCCACUACGUGCACAGAGACAUUAAACCUGACAAUGUCCUUUUGGAUGUGAAUGGUCAUAUCCGCCUGGCCGACUUUGGAUCAUGUUUGAAGAUGAACGAUGAUGGAACUGUCCAGUCCUCCGUGGCCGUGGGCACCCCGGACUACAUCUCCCCGGAGAUCCUGCAGGCGAUGGAGGACGGCAUGGGCAGGUACGGCCCCGAGUGCGACUGGUGGUCGCUGGGCGUCUGCAUGUACGAGAUGCUCUACGGAGAGACGCCGUUUUAUGCGGAGUCGCUGGUGGAGACCUACGGCAAGAUCAUGAACCACGAGGAGCGAUUUCAGUUCCCUUCCCACGUCACGGAUGUGUCUGAGGAAGCGAAAGAUCUCAUCCAGAGGCUGAUCUGCAGCCGGGAGCGCCGGCUGGGCCAGAACGGGGUUGAGGACUUCAAGAAGCACGCGUUUUUCCAAGGCCUGAAUUGGGAAACUAUACGGAACCUCGAGGCACCGUACAUUCCAGACGUGAGCAGCCCUUCGGACACGUCCAACUUCGACGUGGACGACGACGUGCUGAGAAACGUCGAAAUACUACCUCCCGCGUCUCACACAGGCUUUUCGGGGCUACACCUGCCCUUCAUCGGCUUCACGUUCACAACAGAAAGCUGUUUUUCUGACCGAGGCUCUCUGAAGAGCAUAAUGCAGUCCAGCACGCUGACCAAAGACGAGGGCCUGCAGCGGGACUUGGAGAACAGCCUGCAGGUUGAAGCCUAUGAGAGGCGGAUCCGGAGGCUGGAGCAGGAGAGGCUGGAGCUGAGCAGGAAGCUCCAAGAGGCCACCCAGACCGUGCAGUCCUUCCACGGUGCAGCCCGGACCCUGGGCAGUGCCGCCCGUGACAAAGAAAUCAAAAAGCUCAACGAAGAAAUUGAACGUUUGAAGAAUAAAAUAGCAGAGUCAAAUAAGCUGGAGCGACAGCUUGAGGACACGGUGACUCUUCGCCAAGAGCAGGAGGACUCCACGCACCGGCUGAAAGGCCUGGAAAAGCAGUACCGUGCGGUGCGGCAGGAAAAGGAGGACUUCCACAAGCAAUUGAUUGAAGCUUCCGAGCGGCUGAAGUCCCAGGCCAGGGAACUGAAGGACGCCCACCAGCAGCGGAAGCUGGCCCUGCAGGAGUUCUCGGAGCUCAACGAGCGCAUGGCCGAGCUCCGCUCCCAGAAGCAGAAGGUGUCUCGGCAGCUGCGGGACCGAGAGGAGGAGGUGGAGGCGGCCGUGCAGAAGAUCGACGCCCUGCGGCAGGAGGUCCGCAGGGCCGACAAGUGCCGGAAGGAGCUGGAAGCUCAGCUCGAGGACGCGGUUGCCGAGGCCUCCAAGGAGCGCAAGCUGCGAGAGCACAGCGAGAACUUCUCCAAGCAAAUAGAGAGUGAGCUUGAGGCCCUCAAGAUGAAGCAAGGAGGCCGGGGGCCAGGCGCCACCUUGGAGCACCAGCAGGAGAUUUCCAGGAUAAAGUCUGAGCUCGAGAAGAAAGUCCUGUUUUACGAGGAGGAGUUGGUCAGGCGUGAGGCCUCCCAUGUGCUGGAGCUGAAGACCGUGAAGAAGGAGGUGCACGAUUCCGAGGGCCACCAGCUGGCCCUGCAGAAGGAGGUGCUGGUGCUGAAGGACAAGCUGGAGAAGUCCAAGCGGGAGCGGCACAGCGAGCUGGAGGAGGCCGUGGGCACAGUCAAGGACAAAUACGAACGCGAGAGGGCCGUGCUGUCCGAGGAGAACAAGAAGUUAACUGCUGAGAACGAGAAGCUUUGUGCCUUUGUGGAUAAGCUCACAGCUCAAAAUAGGCAGUUGGAGGACGAGCUGCAGGAUCUGGCGGCCAAGAAGGAGUCGGUUGCCCACUGGGAAGCCCAGAUCGCAGAGAUCAUUCAGUGGGUCAGCGACGAGAAGGAUGCCCGGGGCUACCUUCAGGCCCUCGCUUCUAAGAUGACUGAGGAGCUGGAGGCGCUGAGGAGCUCCAGCCUGGGGUCGAGGACACUGGAUCCCCUUUGGAAAGUUCGCCGUAGCCAGAAGCUGGACAUGUCUGCGCGGCUGGAGCUGCAGUCUGCUCUUGAGGCGGAGAUCCGGGCCAAACAGCUCGUCCAGGAGGAGCUGAGGAAGGUCAAGGACAUGAAUCUCUCCUUCGAAAGCAAACUAAAGGAUUCCGAAGCCAAAAAUAGAGAAUUAUUAGAAGAAAUGGAAAUUUUGAAGAAGAAGAUGGAAGAAAAAUUUAGAACAGAUGCUGGGCUCAAACUUCCAGAUUUCCAGGAUUCCAUUUUUGAAUAUUUCAACACUGCACCUCUUGCACAUGAUCUGACGUUUAGAGCCAGCUCAGCUAGUGAGCAGGAAACACAAGCCGCAAAGCCAGAGGCGAUGCCCCCAAGCUCUGUGGCCGCGAGCACAGAACAGCAGGAGGACGUGGCUCGGGCCCCUCAGAGGCCACCCAGCGUGCCGCUGCCCAGCACGCAGGCCCUCGCUCUGGCUGGACCAAAGCCGAAAGCGCACCAGUUCAGCGUCAAGUCCUUCUCCAGCCCCACUCAGUGCAGCCACUGCACCUCCCUGAUGGUGGGGCUGAUCCGCCAGGGCUACGCCUGUGACGUGUGCUCGUUCGCCUGCCACGUGUCCUGCAGAGACAGCGCUCCCCAGGUGUGCCCCAUCCCCCCCGAGCAGUCCAAGCGGCCCCUGGGCGUGGACGUGCAGAGGGGCAUAGGGACGGCCUACAAGGGCUACGUGAAGGUCCCCAAGCCGACCGGGGUGAAGAAGGGCUGGCAGCGGGCCUACGCGGUGGUCUGUGACUGCAAGCUGUUUCUCUAUGACCUGCCCGAGGGGAAGUCCACACAGCCUGGCGUCGUGGCCAGCCAGGUCUUGGAUCUCAGAGAUGAAGAGUUCUCUGUGAGCUCAGUCCUGGCCUCAGACGUCAUACACGCGUCGCGCCGAGAUAUUCCAUGUAUAUUCAGGGUGACGGCCUCUCUCUUAGGUACACCUUCUAAGACCAGCUCACUGCUCAUUCUGACAGAAAAUGAGAACGAGAAGAGGAAGUGGGUUGGGAUUCUGGAAGGCCUGCAGUCCAUCCUGCAGAAGAACCGCCUGAGGAGCCAGGUGGUGCACUCCCCCCAGGAGGCCUACGACAGCUCCCUGCCCCUCAUCAAGGCCGUCCUCGCCGCCGCCAUCCUGGAUGCGGACAGGAUUGCCGUCGGCCUGGAAGAAGGGCUCUACGUCGUGGAGGUGACCCGCGACGUGAUCGUCCGAGUGGCUGACUACAAGAAGGUGUGCCAGAUCGAGCUUGCUCCCAGAGAGAAGGUCGCUGCCCUUCUCUGCGGCCGGAACCGCCACGUCCACCUCUGUCCGUGGUCCUCCUUUGACGGGGCGGAAGGCACCGUCGACAUCAAGCUCCCGGAGACCAAAGGCUGCCAGCUCAUCGCGACCGGGACGCCCAAGAAGAGCUCCCCCACCUGCCUGUUUGUGGCAGUGAAGCGGCUGGUCCUUUGCUAUGAGAUGCAGAGAACUAAGCCUUUCCACAGGAAGCUCAGCGAGCUUGCGGCCCCCGGCCCUGUGCAGUGGAUGGCCGUGCUCAAGGACAAGCUCUGUGUUGGCUACCCUUCUGGGUUCUCCCUGUUGAGCCCCCAGGGAGAGGGGCAGGCUCUAAACCUGGUAAAUCCCAAUGACCCCUCGCUUACGUUCCUCUCACAGCAGUCUUUUGAUGCCCUCUGUGCUGUGGAGCUCCAAAGUGAGGAGUACCUGCUUUGCUUCAGCCACAUGGGACUGUACGUGGACCCACAAGGUCGGAGGUCACGCAUGCAGGAGCUCAUGUGGCCUGCGGCACCUGUCGCCUGUAGUUGCAGCCCCUCGCACGUGACGGUGUACAGCGACUACGGCGUGGACGUCUUCGAUGCGCGCUCCAUGGAGUGGGUGCAGACCAUCGGCCUGCGCAGGAUCCGGCCGCUGAACUCGGAGGGCAGCCUCAACCUCCUCAACUGCGAGCCUCCCCGCCUCAUCUACUUCAAGAGCAAGUUCGCGGGGCCGGCCCUCAACGUGCCCGACACCUCUGACAACAGCAAGAAGCAGAUGCUUCGCACCAGGAGCAAGAGGCGGUUUGUCUUCAAGGUGCCGGAGGAGGAGCGGCUGCAGCAGCGGCGAGAGAUGCUCAGAGACCCGGAGCUGAGGUCGCGGAUGAUCUCCAACCCCACCAACUUCAAUCACGUGGCCCACAUGGGCCCCGGCGACGGCAUGCAGGUGCUCAUGGACCUGCCUCUGAGCGCUGUGCCCCCUUCCCAGGAGGAAAGGCCCGGCCCUGCUCCUGCCAGCCUGUCGCGUCAGCCCCCGCCCAGGAACAAGCCCUACGUCUCCUGGCCCUCAUCGGGUGAUGGCUGUCUUUGUUCCACAGGUGGCUCUGAGCCCGGGGUGGCUGUGCCUCUGAGAAGCAUGUCUGAUCCCGACCAGGACUUUGACAAGGAGCCCGAUUCGGACUCCACCAAACACUCGACUCCAUCGAACAGCUCCAACCCCAGCGGCCCGCCGAGCCCCAACUCUCCCCACAGGAGCCAGCUCCCCCUCGAAGGCCUGGAGCAGCCGUCCUAUGACGCCUGAAGCCGACGCUCACCGCCUCAGGGCCGGGGGGGGCCUCCAGUGUCAGUGCCAAGACUGAUCUGACCUCCAGUGCCGCCCAAGGCAGUGUAGCAGUGACGUGUAGAAGCGGGGAGGAAAAAAUUCUCUACUGUGACACUGACCGGUUUUGUGCCCCGGCCACGGCGGUAGACCAGGCCCCUGCCUCUGCACGGGUGUGAGGCGCCCGCUCCGUUUGCACAGGAAGGACCGCCACGCAGCCGCUGCCUCCAGAACCAGCCGAGCAGGCGCGUGGGGCCUGCAGACGCCGGCCUCCUGGGCAGAAAGCCAGCAGACCCGGCUCGGCUCGGCUCGGCUCGGCUCGGCUCGGCUCGGCUCAGCUCGGCAAGCAGACAGCGCAGGGCGGCCUCCGUAACACGUCUGUUCCUGUUUCCUAAAACUUUCCUAGGCCCUUAGGAGAAGAGUAGGAAGUCGUUUGUCAUUCCCAGUGUCACUAGAAUUUUGAAGACAGGAAAGUGGAGGUUAGUUUGUGGCCUUUUGACUCAUUUAGCCGUUACAGAUGCUGAGGUGGUUCUGCCACCCCUGUAGAACGUGGACAGAGGCCUCUGUCGUGUGACACCUGCCCUGGGUCCCUUGUGCGUGUCAGUCCCUUCCCGGUCACACCUAUGAAGAGUCACCAGUAUCUACUACUGUGAAGUCAGCUGUGCUCUGUUUUCGGCUCACUUCCGCAGCUCUGCCUCCUGCUGUUAAAGCAGCGGGUGUCGUGGUGCUGCUGGGCCUGGCGGCCUGUGGGCUGAGAGGAGGCUAGAGCCCCAUGGAGCCCCACAGCAGGUGCCAGGACCCCGCCCUGCAUGGAGCCCCGUGAUUCGUGCCCUUCUGGAUCACGUCGACUCGCCGCCACACUCCCCAGCGGCCCCCGCACCCUCGUGUUCCCGGCUCCCUCCCUGCAGCGUUUGAGUCAUUAGUGGUGGCCUCUCUCUCUAAAGGCUCGUGAUGACCUGGCUGGCACACAGCUUGUCCUUGGCCCUGGACAGAUUCUCCCAGCUCUCCCACUGGUCAGCAUUCCUGGCGACGCUGCUGAAGACGUGCACUUACCUUGAGUCAGCACUGAGUGAUGUGGCACCACUGUCUGCCAGUGUGUGUCACAAACCCAGCACCCGCCUGCCCAACCACCCCGCUGGGCCUUCUGCUGGGGCUGGCACCUGCUGGGUGGGGCUUCUGGUUUUUACUUUUUUAACGUAAGUCCGAGUCUUUGUAAUUAUUGAAUUGUGAGAACAUUUUUGAACAAUUUACCUGUCAAUAAAGCAGAGAGAUGACAGUUUUAAA